AUGACCACUGAGGCUCACUUCCCCUUCCGGGCCCACCCGCCACGAUCUAACUGCCACCAGCGGGGAGCCACCCUGGCUGCUCUCACCAGGCCUCAGACCAUCCCUAGGCUGCCACCGCCGCCACCCCGCAGCACCUUCUCGGUCUUCGUGUUCACCGUGCUCGUCAUGGCUGUAGCUCCCUCCCAGGUGCGCCAGAGCUACCAUCCCGAGUGCGAAGCCGGCGUCAACCGCCAGAUCACCCUGGAGCUGUACGCCUCCUAUGUGUACGUCUCCAUGAUCACCUACUUCAACCGGGAAGAUGUGGCCCUGAAGAACUUCGCCAGCUACUUCGAGCGCCAGUCACUUAGGCAGAGAAAGCACGCCGACAUGCUGAUGGAGCUGCAGAACGAGCGCGGCGGCCGCGUCUGCCUUCGCGACCUCAAGAGGCCUAACGGUGACGACUGGGAGAGUGGCCUGGAGGCCAUGGAGUGUGCCUUCCAUUUGGAGAAGAACAUCAACCAGAGCCUCCUGUACCUGCGCAAGCUGGCCACCAACAGGGGCGACCCGCAGCUCAGCAACUUCGUGGAGACCCACUUUCUGCGCGAUCAGGUGAAGAUCCUGAAGGAGCUGGGUGGCCACCUCACCAACCUGCGCAGGCUGGGGGCUCCGGACUCCAGGCUGGCCGAGUACCUCUUCGACAAGCUCACCCUGGGUGGCAGCGACAAAGAGGACUGA